UCAAGGACAAGGAAGGAGGCAGAUCUUCGCUCGGGCUCGGGAUUGGUGGGACGCAGGAGGCAUGUUAGGGAACCGCAUAGGGAAUCCGAGUUGCACACUGCCCUAAGCUGCUAUUUUAGACAGAGACGGGACUUGAAUCACUUAAGUGUCAGAAGCAUUUCUAGAGCAAAGACAGUCCGUCCAGAUCUGAUAUUAUAACACUGGCAGGUCAGUGUUGUGUCUGUGAUCCUGCUGUUUCUGACACGUGACCACAUUCUUCUGUACUGUCUGUCACUGAGCCUGGACAUUUCACCACACAGCACCACUAAGGUAGGUGAAUGUGGAGUCAUACGUAACUUUUCCCUGAAGCCUGCGUGAGCCAUGCUACGACUUGUGAGAGGCCAGAGCAGGAGGCUGAAAUGCUGUGUGUGCAGCCAGCAAAGGUUGAGUCAUCAUAAGAGUGUGAUGGCAAUCCGACGAGAGGACAUUAAUGUGUGGGAGAGACGUGCACCCCUUGCCCCACAACAUGUGAAGGAAGUCACUGCAGCAGGACACAAAGUGCUGGUGCAGCCUUCCAAUAGAAGAGCCAUUCACAAUAGAUUCUAUGAGAAAGCAGGAGCCAUUAUACAGGAGGACAUCUCCGAGGCUUCUCUCAUCAUCGGUGUGAAGAGGCCACCAGAAGAAAAGGUCAUUCCACGAAAAACCUACGCUUUCUUUUCACACACCAUCAAAGCCCAGGAGGCUAACAUGGGUCUUCUAGAUGAUGUACUCAAAAAGGAAGUGCGGCUGAUUGAUUAUGAAAAAAUGGUUGAUGACAAUGGAUUCAGAAUUGUUGCAUUUGGACAGUGGGCUGGUGUUGCAGGAAUGAUUAACAUUUUGCAUGGGCUAGGUCUCAGACUCCUGGCCCUUGGACACCACACUCCCUUUAUGCAUAUUGGAAUGGCACACAAUUACAGAAACGUCAGUCAAGCCAUACAAGCAGUGAGGGAUUGUGGGUAUGAGAUCUCACUGGGCCUCGUGCCCAAGUCCAUUGGUCCACUCACAUUUGUGUUCACUGGCACAGGCAAUGUAUCUAAUGGUGCACAAGACAUUUUCAAUGAGCUUCCAUGUGAAUAUGUGGAGCCACAUGAACUGGAAGAGGUUUCCAAAUCAGGAGACCUGACAAAAGUGUAUGGAACAGUGAUCAGCAGACACCACCAUUUAGUUCGAAAGAGUGAUGGGGUUUAUGAUCCUUUUGAGUACGAACAUCACCCUGAACGGUAUACCUCUCACUUCAGAACUACUAUAGCACCUUACGCAACCUGUCUGAUAAACGGCAUCUACUGGGACCCACAAACUCCGAGGCUGCUGCGGCGAGUGGAUGCUCAGAAGCUACUGAGACCUGCAAAAUCUUUAGGUGCAGUGAACGAAUCCUGGCCCACCCUGCCACACAAGUUCUUGGCAAUCUGUGACAUUUCUGCAGACUCAGGAGGUUCCAUUGGGUUCAUGACUGAAUGCACCACCAUUGAGAAGCCCUUUUGCAUGUAUGACGCCAACCAGCACAUAGACCACAACAGUGUGGAAGGAACAGGCAUUCUCAUGUGCUCUAUUGAUAACUUGCCUGCCCAGCUUCCCAUUGAGGCUACCGAGUAUUUUGGCACUCGCUUGCUCCCGUACAUUUGGGAAAUGCUUCCGUCAGAUGCAACAAGACCUCUGGAUGAAGAGAACUUCUCUCCACAAGUCAGAGACGCUGUAAUAACAUCGAACGGAAAGUUGACUCCUAAAUUUGAGUACAUUCAGAAGUUACGAGAGAAAAGGGAAUCAGAACAGAUCCUGAAGAAAAGCGGGAUGAAGCGUGUCUUGUUGCUAGGUUCUGGCUAUGUGUCUCGCCCAGUUGUUGAGUAUCUUACCAGGGAUCCUGGCACCCAAGUCACAGUGGCAUCUGUGCUUCUAAGCCAAGCGGAGGAACUGGCUGCCAAUUACCCAAACACCAUACCUGUGAUGCUUGAUGUUACAAGCCAAGAGGGCCAUCUCGAAUACCUGGUCAAGGAUCAUGACCUGGUCAUCAGUAUGCUGCCAUACAACUAUCAUCCUUUGGUAGCGAAAUUUUGCAUCAAUAAGAAAGUGAACCUGGUGACAGCCAGCUACCUGUCUCCAGAGAUGAAAGAGCUCCAGAAGAGUGCUGAGGAGGCUGGCAUCACCAUAGUCAACGAGAUGGGCCUGGACCCUGGCAUUGAUCACAUGUUGGCCAUGGAGUGCAUCGACCAGGCCAAGGCAGACGGUUGCACUGUGGAGUCCUACAGCUCUUUCUGUGGUGGUCUUCCAACACCAGAGUGUUCUGAUAACCCACUGCGUUACAAAUUCAGCUGGAGCCCAUAUGGAGUUUUGCUCAAUACAAUCAGUCCUGCUAUUUAUCGUAAAGACAACCAGGUGAUCAGUAUUUCCCCUGGUGGGUCUCUAAUGGAUGCUGCCGUGCCCAUGGACUUCUUGCCGGGUUUUAACCUCGAGGGCUUUCCAAAUCGAGACAGCACCAAAUACGCUGAACCUUAUGGCAUUGAGUCUGCACACACACUAAUCAGAGGGACUCUGCGCUUUAAGGGUUUCUCCAGAGCAAUGAGCAGCUUUGUGAAACUAGGCCUGAUCAGCACUGAGCCUUGCCCAUUGUUGCAGCACACAGCUGAACCGCUCUCCUGGAAAGAACUCCUUUGUAAGCAGAUUGGUUUGUCCUCUGAUGUAAGCACCGAGUCGUUUGAGGAAGCUGUGUUCACUCAGAUUGGAAGAGAUGAGUAUAGGAUGCAGACUCUCAAGUGGUUUGAGAUGCUGAGUGAGGAGCCUGUGCCUCAUGCAAACACUAUCCUGGAAGCACUCACUAAACACCUGGAGGCUAAACUGUCUUUCGAUAAAGGAGAGAGAGAUUUGAUAAUCAUGAAGACUGAUGUUGGUGUCAGACACCCUAGAGGAGAACUCGAGAUGAAGCACCUCAGUCUGGUGGUCUAUGGAGAUGUAAAUGGCUUCUCUGCCAUGGCCAAAACUGUGGGCUACCCUGCUGCCAUUGCAGCUCGCAUGGUCCUGGAUGGUGAGCUGAACACUAAAGGACUUGUUGUACCAAUGACAAAAGAUAUAUAUGCUCCUAUUUUGAAGAGACUUGAGCAGGAAGGCCUUCAGUUUAUCUCUAAAAGCACAAUAAUAGAAUAAUGCUCUGUAAAAUCCACUCCUGCUGCUGAUAAUUGGAUGAAUAUCUAUUUUUAAUGAAACACUGAAUGGUUUCAAAUAUUUAAAGUAACGGUUUUAUUUAAAUUUUCCUGCUUGUACUUCAGUACAUAUUCCUCUGCUGCCUUUAAAACACCUGCAGAUAAAGCACUGAGAAGGACAUGAGGCAUUUAUUUCAACCAUGACAACUGACUACAAAACUGAAGUGACUUGAACAUUUUUUCAACCCCUCACAAAAUGCUUUUAAAGGAGUUUAAAUCUUUAACAAAAUUAACAUACUUUGUGUGCUGAUAUUUUAAAAUAUUACUAGGUGUCUCGUUAAGGGAUCCACACUUAAAAUCUUUAGACACAUUUCGACUGUUUGUUAAUUUUGUUUUUCUUUCUAGCCUGACAAUGUACUAUAUAGUUUUAUAUAUAAAACUGGAUGAAUUUCCCUUAUACUGUUGCUAAACAAACAAACAAAAAAAAAGCUACUUGACUUGAAACAAUCAGGCAUUGUGUCUCGAAUCACGUACUUGUACAGCGUUCUAUAACAAUAUUGAGUUUUAGUUAGUCAGUUAGUUUAAACGUCAAAAACCUCAUGUUGCUGUCAAACCUGCUGAAAUGUACUAAAUGUAAGGUCAUACUGUUUGAUUUGAGACACCGUCACAACCAUAGCAGAAAGAUUUAUGGUUGUGUGUGUGUGUGUGUGUGUGUGUGUAUGUAUAUAUGUGUAUAUAUAUAUAUAUAUAUAUAUAUAUAUAUAUAUAUAUAUAUAUAUAUAUAUAUAUAUAUAUGCACUGCACAUUUACACUAACUCAUAUUGACCAGUAACUGUUUAUAUUGUUGCGUCUCAAAACCUGUCCAAUCAUUAACUGUAAUAUGCUGAAAAUUAAGAUUAAUGUUGUAAAAGUAGCAGAUCUUGACCAUCUAACACCCUGUUGUAUUUGGUUAAAAUUGAAGAAUGUUUAACCAAAAAGCCUCACAGUAUAACAUAUAACACUGUAACAGCACUGUAUAGUAAAACAACAAAAUAUAGUAAAGCAAAGCUAUGUAAUGUGUGAUGUGCUAUGGUAUAGUAUAAUGCAUUUUUUUUCCUCUUUUACCCAUUUUUUUUCAGUCGUGCAAUACGACUUAUUAAAUAAUAAUGCUACCCACAUUAUUGCAAAUAUAAAUAAACCCUGCUGCCUCCCAUCAGGCCAUCUCA